CUUUCACUUACCACAGACAAACGGGCAACGGAGCAAUCGCACAAUUGCAACUGCAACUCCAUUUGCUACUGCCACAACUUGAGCUGAAAAGCAACUGACAAAUCUCCUGUUAACUGUGAAUGACAAUUACAUCUCAAAUUUGCAAGUGAAUCUUAAAUCAACGCAUUAUAAAAUGAAAGUGCUUAUACUUAUUUCGCUGCUCGCCUUGUCGUGUCACGCCCAGCAUCAGCACCAGCAUCAACAUCAUUCACAUCCCAAUGUCAACAAUAUUCCGCGUGAUGAUAAACCAGAUCAUCGUCAUGAGGAUCUACGCGAGACGAGCACCUGGAUACCAAUACUGAAGUACAAUAAGGAGCAGAGCGAGGAUGGCAGCUAUAAGACCGAAUACGAGACCGGAAAUAAUAUUGUGCACGAGGAGACGGGUUUCCUCAAGGAUUUCGAUACGAAUCCGAAUGGAGUGCUGGUGCAGCAUGGCCAAUACUCCUACCAAUCGCCAGAGGGCACCUUGGUUAAUGUACAGUACACAGCCGAUGAGAAUGGCUUCCGUGCCACUGGAGAUCAUAUACCCACACCUCCAGCCAUACCAGAGGAGAUUCAGAAGGGUCUCGAUCAGAUCUAUGCAGGCAUCAAAUUGCAGCAGGAGCGUUUGGAGCAGCGUGCAAAGAGUGAUCCUGCAUUUGCCAAGAAGCUGGAGGAGCGACGUGUGGCCAAUCAGAAUGGCCAGUACAUUGGCUUGCUAGAGAAUCAGUAGAGAAAGCGAGAGAGAGAGAGAGAGUGGCAACAAAACCUUAACCUCAACCAGAAAAAUGUGCUGCAUUUCUAAAAAGUUCUUCCAAAUUCGUUCUUUAUAACCUUAACCAACCGCAAGACUGUGAUUUCUGAUAUUAAAUUCUCAAAUAACCCAUUACAAUUCAUUAACAAUAACUGGAAAUUUGCAAGCAACAACAAAUAUAUCAGCACAAAUAUUUAUAUUAACGAUCGUGAAAGUUUUGUUGAAAGAAAAAAAAAAAAGCAAAUAAAAAAUAAAAAAGAUUAUAAUAAAAGCGGAAAAGCAAAGUUUCCGUCAUGCCAAACACACACGCGACCCUCAGCAAACAUUAUUCAACGCUUUUCCAUUUCCAUAAUAUUUUCCCUGCCUCCCUCCUCUGUCAUCUAUAAUGCUCACAAAACGUGACAAUGCGCAAUGGCUUUUUGUUAUUAUGCAUAUA